CUGUUCUCUGGGGGUUGGGUGGGUUGGAGGGGGGGUGGUGGGGUCAUGGAUCCAGAUGGGCAGCCCUUAACCCCAGGGACCAGUUAUGGGCCCCCACCCUUCAGCUCAGCACAAAAUCCCAACCCCGCCGCCGUCCUCCGCAGCACUUUAGAGUCCCCGUGUCCAGCGCACCCGGACGAUGACCUGAUGUCCGCCAAGUGCACGUGGGACCAGUCCGGAGAGCAGGGCUCCAGACAGAGCGAGGGGCCCCAGACCGGGGCCGAGCCGGGGAGGAGCGCACAGAGGAGAUUCAAGUCCUCAGCCUUUCCUUCCUCCCUAACCUGGGACUCCGACUCUGAGAAAGAAACCCUAGAUGAGGAGGAGCUACUGAACUUUUCUAACCCUCACGGUCUGGCUGCUCACAGCCCCGGAUCUCCUUCUUCUGGAUACAGGCUUGAUAGUGAAGAUGACCAAGAACCCGGGAAACUGCACUUCCAUACUGAGACUGGCACAUCCAGCCCUGUGGAGGGGCACAGUGACAAUAGCGAGAGCACAAAGACAGAGGAGCCAAACAUAUGUCGGCUUGGCCAAAUAGAAUUGGCAGACGGUGAAGUCUGGAAUGUAUCCGAUGGAGCCAAGCCAUCUCUGUCCAAAGUAAAACCAAAGGCCGCUUGCCAAGUGGAGGAGGAGGAGGCCAAUACUGAAGGAGGAAUAAGGUCCAAGGGAAAGGAGACCAAGCAGCCCGAGAGAGAUGUUUACACCUUCCCUGGAGACUCGGACCCAGAGAGCCCCCCGCCUGCUCCCUGGGCCCAUUGCACUUUUAUCCAACGGUGCAGGAAGAAGAGGGUGCUACUCAGGCCCUUUUCUGGACUCGGCUCCUCAAAGCGCACAUCGCCUGAGACUGGCAAGUUGGUAAAAUUGCAUCCUCCAAGAUCUAAAUGCACAGAGGAUGUAAAGAUGAAUCCAGGCAUGGGGGUAUAUGACUACGACGAAUCCGGCUUCGGAGAAGGAGCUGUAGAGACCCUUAGGGUCGGGAGCAAAGCUGAAGAGGGAGACCAACAGGAUGAAGGGAGUGGGGUGGGACCAGGUAACGACAUUUUCACCUGCGUGGAGUGUAGCAUUUACUUCAAAAAGCAACUGCACCUGCAGGAGCACAUGACCGAGCACUGCCAGAGCGGCCGGCGUUCGGGCAAGAGCGGCCGCUUUCGGUGCGAGGAGUGCGGGUUGAACCUGCCCACCCGCCCGGCGCUGGCAGACCACCGCCGAAAGCAUCAGGAGUCCCGGCUGAAGAUCCUCGAGGAGAUCAGGAAACUCGACGAAAGCGAGAAAGCUCAAGAGGUUGCGCGCCCGGAGCCAGACGUUACGCAACACGCAAAUCCAGGCAAAACGUCAGACUCGGAGAAGGCCAAAACCCCGCCUCUGUCCCCUCCGUCUGUUUCGACACCGGACACCGAAGCCCUGGGUUUGGACGCGGCCCUCGCCAAGUCGGUCCGAGCUCCCGGCCCGACCCGAAGCGCCCCCGCCUGCCGACGGCGCUUUGUGUGCGCCAAGUGCAACUUCAGCACCAGGACCUCGCAGGCACUGGCCAAUCACUCCAAGACUCACAACAGGAAAAAGCCCGUUUUCCAAGCUGCUGCUUCCCCAACGAGCUCGGCAUCGACCUCCCUGGCCUGCGGUCACUGUGCCUUCUUGACCUCAAGUCAAGCCGUCCUUAGGGAACACCAGGGCCUCGUUCACCCGGGACAGGUCUCUGUCAGCGAGACCAACCCGUCUUCAAAGUCUAACGCGGACGCACACGUGUCCAGAAUCCCCUCCCGUUCAGAGCCCCCCUCGGAGGCGCAGUCUGACGCAACUCGAGGCAAAAGCCAGAAAGGAACCGCUGCCUCCGAGGACACCGCGGCGCCAGAAGGCACUCCUGCUCUGCCCACGGGCCGAGAUGGCUUUAAAUGUCCGGGAAACAAGAGACUCAGCGCCAGAGGGAAGGCCUGGAUGGAUCUGACCAAGUACGAAGAAGACGGUGUGCCCAGAAGUCCAGGGGAAGAGCAGGACUGCCAUCAGAGCGAAGAGUUGAACUUUGAGCUGCCCCCACAGCCGGAAAAUUCAUCUGUGAGAGGGACGACACAAGCAGGAGCGCAGCACACCACUGAUGCGUCGUCAGGAGAGCAAAGCGCUACUUUUUCACCACCCACCAAGAAAGGUGUAAAGGACAAAGAGAAGCAGGGAGAACAGCAAGAAAGGAAGGUUUUCUUCUUGAGGCGGAGCAGCAGGGUUAGUGCUGCUCCUGCACAAAGUGACAGUGAUGAUGAUGAUGGUGACGAUGAAGACAUUGACGAGGAAAGCGUGCGAUGUUUCUUGUCAGAGGGCCUCUUAGACGAAGACAAAGACGAGAUUGAUGAGGACUCUGAAGCGCUGAGGAGCGUGGAGAGGAAAUGCCCCUACUGCCCGGAUCGGUUCCAUAAUGGAAUCGGGCUUGCCAAUCACGUGAGAGGCCACCUGAACCGAGUGGGCGUCAGCUAUAAUGUGCGUCACUUCAUUUCCCCCGAGGAAGUCAAUGCCAUUGAGAAGAAGUUCUCGUAUCAGAAGAAGAAAAAAAAAGUUGCCAACUUUGACCCGGACACGUUCAGCGUGAUGCACUGCGAGUUCUGCAGCGCGGGCUUCGACACCCGGGCGGGGCUGUCCAGCCACGCGCGGGCCCACCUCCGGGACUUCGGCAUCACCAACUGGGACGUCACCAUCUCGCCCAUCCACAUCCUGAGGGAGCUGUUCUCCAGCCGGCCGGACCUGGUCAUCCCCACGGCCCCACCCCGGAGCCCCAGCUGCUCCCCGGGGGAGGACGAGGAUGACGAAGAGGACGAGGAGGAGGAGGAGGAGGAGGAGAAAUAUUCCCAGGAGGAAGGAAUUAUAGAGGUUAAACUUGAGGAGGAGACAAGUGAAAGGGAUCUUUGUGCUUCUGAUGAAGGGGCUUCAGGGUCUAAUCAAAGCUGGAUGAAGAAGAAAGGUGUGAAAAACCAUGGGGCUCUCCGCGGCGCAUAUGGGGGCAAAAUGGCUGCUUCCACCUCCCCGCAGACCCAAACAAUAGCGGAGGUGCUGUCUGGCUUCGGCCGCCGGGAGUCCGAUGCACUGCGGACCGGCGACGGGAAGGAAGCAGCCGAGGAAGAGGACGAGGACGAUCUCUCCGCUCCGGACGCUCUGAAUUCGAGCGGGAACGCCGACGGCUCGUCUCCCGAGGAGGACGCCGACGCCAAAGAGCACGACCUGAAGUGCGAGGUGUGCGACUCUCGCUUCGGCAGCAGGCGGGGACUGUCCAGCCACGCCCGCUCCCACCUGCGCCAGCUGGGCGUCAGCGUGUCAGAGAGCAGCGGGGCGCCCAUCGACCUCCUCCGCCAGAUCGCCAAGGAGCGCAAAGCGAGCCCCUCGCUCUCUGAGCCCCCCGCCGCCGCCACCGCCCCCCCGAAGGAUGAGGAGCUAGAGGACAUGGACGUGGACGUGAAGCCCAUCCCUCUCCCCGUCCUGGCCAAAGCCCGGUCCUCGCCGGCGCCCACGCCCUCCCCGGGCGCCUCCCCCGCCCCUUCCCUCCCCAGCUCCCCCUCUCCGGUGGUGAAAAAGGCCCCCAUUUCCUCGCUGCUGCCCGUCUCGUCCCCUCUGCGCUCCCCGGAGCACAAGGCGGGGGGCAUGAAGAGCUUGACCUCCGGCCUCUCGGCCACGUCCACCAUCGCCGCGGCCAAACCCCUCUGGGCACCUCAGGAGAACGACGCCCCCCUCAACCUCACACUGGAGGUAGAUCCCAACAAGGACAUCGUUUGUCAGCUGUGCGGCGCCUGGUUCGAGACCCGCAAAGGGCUGUCCAGCCACGCGCGGGCCCACCUGCGACACUUCGGCGUGGAGUACUCCGAGUCCAAAGGCUCGCCCAUAGACCUCCUCAACCAGCUCAUCCACACCGACGACUUCAAGCACAAAGCCGGCGCGCUGCAGCUGGACGGCCUCCCCCCGCCGGUCCCCUCCCCCAAGCUGCCGCUGCUGACCCACUCCUCUUCCUCCCCCUCCUCCUCCUCCUCGUCAUCGCUCAUCUACAAAGUGACCGCCGCCGCCGGGGGCGGGUCCGCGUCCAAAGCUACCUCUUCCUCCUCGCUGCCCGGCCCGCCCGCCAAGCGUCUCAAGGCCUCUUCCAUGCAGGUCUUCCGUCUCAGUAGCGGCGAGCUCAUGGCCCUGUCCCACAGUGAACCUCCAAAGGAGAUAGGCUGCGAGUACUGCGGCGAGUACUUUGAAAACCGCAAGGGUCUCUCCAGCCACGCCCGCUCCCACCUGCGCCAGAUGGGCAUCACCGAGUGGUCGGUCAACGGCUCGCCCAUCGACACCCUGCGGGAGAUCAUCGCCAGGCGGGGGCUGCCCUGCUCCCCGCUGUCGGCGUCCUCCUCCCCCUCGGCGACGCUCCUGGGGCGGCUCCCCUUCGCCUUCGCCCGCCCCUCCAGCCCCCCCUCCAAGUCUGCCGCGGCCCCCCCGCCGUCCCCCAGCGGCUUGACUUCUUUCAAGCCCAAGCCCGAGCCGGUCCAGCUGGAGGUGACCGCGCCCGGGGCCGUGGGCCCCCCCGGAGGCUUUUCGGCCGAGCCUCUAAACUCCGGAUGGGGCACCUCGGACAGCGUGUUCCCCCUCAACCUGGCUAUGGCCCAUGAAGUGGAGCCCACAAGGGACAUUCGAUGCGAAUUCUGUGGGGAGUAUUUUGAAAAUCGGAAAGGCCUUUCGAGCCACGCCCGCUCCCACCUGCGGCAAAUGGGCAUCACCGAGUGGUCGGUCAACGGCUCGCCCAUCGACACCCUGCGGGAGGUCAUGCACAAAAGAGGGGCGGGCGCCUCCUCCCACUCCGACCACGGGGUGAAGAAAGAGUCCAGUCGAGGAGCCAGCAGCCCCCCGUGGGAAAAUGCCGGCGGUGCCAGCAGCUCAGAGGGUUUCGCCGUUUCGAGUUUCCAGCCCUCCAAGUUCCGUAAAUCUCCUCUUAGCCUGCUCCAGUCGGGAUCAAAGUACCACAAACAGAGCCUGGGGUCCCUGGCCUCCUCCGCCGCCACGCCCGCCGGGAGGUUUUUCAGGAUGUCCCCUUUGGGGAAAAGACCCUUAUCAGAGGAGCCCCCGUCUGUGGAGACGGCCCACACAUCGCCACACCGGCUUAAGACUUUCUCACCCCUCCCGCAGGACUUCUCCUUCAAAAGGAAGCCCUCCCCAGACAAGCACGGACACCAGGACCCCAGUUGUGAGCUGUGUGGCUUCUACUUUGAGAAUCGAAAGGCUUUAGCUAGCCAUGCGCGAGCCCACCUGAGGCAGUUUGGUGUGACUGAGUGGUGUGUAAAUGGAUCGCCUAUCGAGACGCUUAGCGCUUGGAUGCGCAGCAGGCCGCAGAAAGUGCUGGAGAUGCACCGUAGCUACAUGCAGGGUAACCGCUCCGCCUUCAAGAAGAAGGCCCCCUCUUCAUCUUCCUCCUCCUCUCAGUGGUCGUCCUCCUUGGCCGUCAGCUUUGUGCGGCCGCUCAGCCACGAGAUCCACAAGAUCCCCAAGACUUCUUCCAAGGCUGCAGAGCAUGAAGCUGGUCCCAGCUUGCAGGCGGCUCCCGGCGGGCCCGGCCGGAGGAGCCCCGGCCUUUCCAGGCUGGGCGGCGGCCUCCCCCUCCAAGCACAGGUGGCCCGCAGCGAGCUGAAUGUCCGCCUGCCGAGAGGUUUCGAGCGUCGGCCCUUGAAGCACCCGUCGUUCCCGGAGGGAGCAGAGAGGGACAGUGGCACUCCGAAGCCCCCCCGCACAGGCACCGUCCCCGCCCUGGUGCCAAAACCUCCCUCCUACCCACUGGUCAAACUGGUGGGCAAGUUCUACACCUUGAAGUGCCGGUUCUGUGAGGUGGAGUUCCACGGUCCGCUGUCGGUGCAGGAGGACUGGAUCAGGCACCUCCAGCAGCACAUCCUCAAGAUGAAUUACAGCAAGCCCGCCGCCCCCAAGGCCGGCGCCGGCCCCGGCCCCCGCCUGCCGGCCCAGGCCUCCGCCCCGGCCUCCACCUCUACCUCCAGAACCACCGCUACCCCGGCCCGCCCCCCCACGCCUCCGACCGAAUGUGCUCCGGCCGUGACUGCCACCGAGAUCGCGAGGGUCUCAGAGGAGCAGCCCACCCUCAUCCCCACGCCCAUUCCUCUGCCCACCCAGGCGGUGUAA